UCUUCAGAUACUGUUCUAUUCUUACACAACCUUUAUCGUUAUUGAGAACAAUACAGAAUUUUUGGCAGCAUAUCUUGCUGCAAGUUAAAAUGAAAUCUUUACUUUCCAUAUCCCUUCUGGGCCUCUUGGCCCUUCAGCCCACAAUCACAGUUGCUUACUGGCGUAUGGCCUGUAGCGUCUCUCAAACAGCUCGAGUCGACCCUAUCCUCAAUCCCGGUGGUGUAGCCAGCCACGUCCACAAGUUCGCCGGCGGCAAUAAUGUCAACGAAAAUUCCGACUUCAACUCGCUUCGCCAGUCGACAUGUUCUUCUUGUGAAGUGCAAAAAGAUACUUCAGCUUACUGGACCCCGCAGCUGUACUUUGCGCAUUCGAGUGGCGUAGUUGAAGAAGUACCGAACUAUGGCAUGACCGUUUACUAUGUUGGGCGCGGAGAUCAGUCAAACACGAAGCCCUUCCCGCCUGGGUUCAAGAUGAUUAGCGGAGAAACCACAGCACGGUCAUAUGAUCAAACUACAUUGACAUACAUGAACACAAGGCCUGUGGCUGACAGGGUAAGUUUCCGCUGCAUAAACGAGGCUAACGACAUUCCAGAAACACAUUAUCUCAACGAUACGAACUGUGUCAACGGCUUGCGAGCGCAGAUAAAUUUUCAGUCUUGCUGGGACGGCAGCAACCUUUACCUCGAUGACUCGGCCCAUGUCGCCUAUCUCUCAAACAUUGACUCUGGCGUUUGCCCACCAUCUCAUCCAGUGUCAAUCCCAGGUCUAUUCUUUGAGGUGCUAUACUUUACCAACGACAUCGACCAAUCUGCCGGCGGUGAAUUCGUCUUCUCUAAUGGCGACCCGACCGGCUUCGGUUUCCAUGCCGACUUCAUGAAUGGCUGGGAUAUGGAUGUGCUGGACAAUGCUGUAGAGAAUUGUCUCUAUACUGAUGUUGAUUUUGGUGUUACCUCAGCCUGUCCCUAUCUGAACGAGAGCGACACUCAGAACUUCUCUCGAGUUUGUCCUGAGGAACCGUCGGUUUUGACAGAAGCUGUAAAGGGCAAACUCGAUGGCAUCCCUGGCUGUAACCCGAUUACCCCAGGCCCUCAACCAGCACCUCAGGAAGUGUGUCCCGUCGGGCAAGUCACUCCAGUCAAUGCCACGACGGCAGCCCAACCAAGUAAUGUGAGCAGCUCGACCACCACUUCACCCAGUGCCGUAUUCAGCUCCACUUCCAGUGUGCCUGGCACCGGCGUAGCCAUUUCAUCUACCUUCUCUCUCGGAACAGCCAUAACUCCUACCUCGACAGUUGCUAGUCCAAAUCCGACGCCAACAACCCUGUUGCCUACCACGUUGCAGACAUCUCCCUCAGUCGCCUCAUCCAGUUCGAACAUUCUACCCCUUUCAGGUUCGACUUCCUCUAUAUCGACCGUCUUAACCGAGACUUCAAGCGGUGUGGGCACACCGACACCUUCCAGUCUUAUGUCUACGCAGAACCCAAUAAGCAGUGGCACGUCUACAGGACUUCUCACUUCAGACGGAUUCUCAGGUCCAACAACAGCUGCGCUAGAGGUCUCGUCAACUCAGAGCAAUAGUCAGCAAAAUGGUGUCAGCACAGCGCCUUCCAACCCGUCAACUGUUGGCUCAGCAGCCGAUAGCGAAACAACAACAGUGACUAUAACCGAUUUUGUUACUGUAACUGUGACGGUCAACGGCGUUCCAAUCGAAACCACGAGCGCUGUCACCUCAACAAUGGCAGCGAAUGGAGUCACGGCGACGGGAGGCAUGUUUACCGUGACUGGGAGCACGUACACCACUUUCUUUUCUGCAGACACUGGGAACACGGCGGCGGUGGAUACCCCUCUACCGUCUCCAGGUCUCGGUCAAGGCAACAAUGGCAUGUACACCAUAACUGGCAGUACCUUCACCACAUUCACAUUUGGACAGCCCUCAGGCGGACCCCAAGCUGCUGGCUUUUACAGUAGGCAUAGCUCACCCGGCGGAAUUGGUGCUAUCGACCCACCCACUACUGUCACUUCUACUCCCGACGGCGUCAACCCUGGGGCCAGCAUGCUUACUAUCACUGGAAGCACGUUCACCACUUUCGAAUCGGUGACAUUAUCGUCAACACUAGACGCCGAUGAGGAGACCUCUACUACGACGCUAUUCAGCACGACCACCAUCUUUGUCACAGUUACCCCCACGAGCACCACCACAUUGGAGACCGCAACCAACUCAGAUACUGCCACGACUUCACCCACGAGCUCGAGGGUCAUGGGCGACACCAUACCGAAUGCCAUUGCCAACGCGAGUCUACCGCCAUCAUCGACUACUCCGAAUACUAUUGUCAGCAGCACACUACCUUCAUUGAACACAACUCUCGAGAGUGGUAUAGCCUCCACCAGCAGUUCAGGCGACAUGGUAGCGACCGCAUUUGUCACAGUGACGGAUCCUAUUACCGACGAAACUACUUCUACAACACAAACAACCCUCACACUGUCGACCGAGCUAGCAAACACGACAUUCUUCACUAUUCGUGGUCGCGAGGUAAUCUUGACGAAAUUAUGAGCUGGCACUAACUCUAGCAGCAGGGACUGCUGCAAGUUGUGAAUUGUCCAAUCGAAUGGACAAUGCGUGAUCAAUACUAACACCCUAGGUAAGCUUUUGCAAAGUGGUGGACAUGUAACGACAUGAUUAAUGGGAAGGAGGUGUAAUUGUAUUUUGGGCGGCUUGUCAAGCGGGCAUUGGCAAUGUAUUUCAGAUGGAAAAGGACGAAAAAUGAAUAGAGAUGACGGUAUGAUGGGAUUUGGGACUUUUUACCAGUGUACAUAGCUAGGAGAUUGGAUAAUUAAUAUGCAAAUGUUUGUAACCCUUAUUCAAAUA